UCAGAAGGCAAUCAGCUGUAGGUAUGAGCUGAUGUGAGAUGAGAUCACCCGAACCGGACGGAUUGGAAUAGAAAUCCUGGUCUAGUUUCAUCACGUCACACUUACAUUAAUACGGGGAGAUUUUGAUUUUGCAGUAGUAUCAAACAAAGACCACAUGUUGACAAGAUCGAUUGAGCUGGUCGAGACGGAGGCAGGUUUUGAGGGACUCUUGAUUGGGCUGAGUGGACGGAGUGGUCAGUUAAUGGGGAUCUCACAAUUGACUGUUAAAAAACAUUGACUGCAUCAGAUCACCAAAUCAACGCAUUUCUGCCUUCACUACCAGCAUCGAGACAUCUUGUACAGUGAAGGAUGAAUCACCUGUCUUUGAGUGAGCUAUGUUGCCUCUUCUGCUGUCCACCGUGCCCGAGCAAAAUCACCUCUAAGCUGGCCUUCCUUCCCCCGGAGCCCACAUACACCAUAAUGUGUGACGAGAGCAGCAGCCGAUGGACCCUCCACCUCUCGGAGCGUGCGGAUUGGCAGUACUCUACCCGGGAAAAAGAUGCCAUUGAGUGCUUCAUGACUCGGACAGCUAGGGGGAACCGUAUUUCUUGCAUGUUUGUGCGAUGUUCUCCCAACGCACGCUAUACGUUGUUGUUUUCCCAUGGUAACGCUGUAGACUUGGGUCAGAUGAGUAGCUUCUACAUCGGCCUGGGCUCCCGCAUCAACUGCAACGUGUUCUCCUAUGAUUACUCUGGUUACGGGGCAAGCUCAGGGAAGCCUUCAGAGAAGAAUUUGUACGCUGAUGUGGAUGCGGCCUGGCAUGCACUACGAACAAGGUACGGUAUCAGGCCGGAGAAUGUGAUAAUUUACGGCCAGAGCAUUGGCACAGUCCCUUCAGUUGAUCUGGCCUCUCGGUACGAGAGUGCUGCGGUUAUCCUCCACUCCCCUCUGACCUCAGGCAUGAGGGUGGCUUUUCCGGACACCAAGAAGACAUACUGCUUUGAUGCAUUCCCAAACAUUGAUAAAAUCUCUAAAGUGACCUCUCCGGUGCUGGUGAUCCAUGGUACGGAGGAUGAGGUGAUUGAUUUUUCCCACGGACUGGCCCUGUAUGAGCGCUGCCAACGGCCUGUAGAGCCGCUCUGGGUGGAGGGGGCUGGCCACAAUGACGUAGAGCUGUAUGGACAGUACUUGGAACGCUUGAAACAGUUUGUGGCCCAUGAACUUGUAAACUUGUAAAAAAGGAGUUUAAGAUUAGGACUUACCUUACUUCACGAACAUGCCCCUUAUGCCCAGGUAGCAACUGUGAACUUGACUACAUUUAUCUCCCCUGCUUUUUUUCUGCUUUUUUGGGGGGGGGGGUAGUUUUCAAUUGAGUUGCACUGCUCAGUGGUAUAUACAUGAUGGGAGUAGUGUCCUAACUGCCUUUUUUUGGGGGUGUAUUUGUGUACAUGUAGUGAUGUGAGCGACAGUUCGGAUUCAGUGGCCUGACAUCAGGGUCUGCUUGUGUCUUGAUACUAUGUACUAAAGAAUCAAACUCAUUCCAUUUAAGUCAGGUUUUUGUCUUUUGAUUUUGCUGUAUGCAUGUGUUGUAAGACCAUGUGCUAAACACAAUGGAGUACUGUACAUACAUUCUGACACAAACAUUUGCCAUACAGGUGAUGCCAAAUACUCAUAAAUAUUCUGCUUAAAUAUGUACACAUGUGUAUGUUAUUUCCAUUAGUUAUUUUUCUAUUUAUUUUUCCAGAGUUCUACAAGGCCACCCACUUACUCUUCUAUACUUGAAAAUGUAAGUGAAAGUAGUAUCUAUUUUAACUUCCAAAUAAAGAAACAGACUUUGAAAUAAAGAAACACUUAAUUGCAGCAUGUUAAAGCCACAACCGAACCCAAUUUCCAUAUUUGAUUUACACUGAUAUCAGUGGGCACACUGAACACAACUCUUGAUUCUGAUGGAAUCAUUACUUUAUUUUAUUAAAUAUAUAAUUUAUGCUGUCUUGUUUGUCAGAUGAAACACAUUUACAGAAAUGCAUACUACUUUUUAUUGUUUUAUGCCAUAAGCCUGUUACUUUUUAAGUCAGGCAGUUGCAAUGUCUGAAGUUUUCUUUAGAUGAUUUAAGAUUCACUUUAGAGAAACACAGACAUGGUGAUAUGAGUUUGGAUGGAUGUGAUUAAUGUCUAUUUGUAAGGAAACAGAACAAUGCUCUUAAAUAGAUCUUGGUACAUCUCAAAUAUUAAAAAUGACUGUCGCCAUGUUCCACUUUGUAAAUAACUUUUGUUUGUAGGGUGUUUUUUUAAUUUUCUGAAUGACUACUAUAAAACUGGUAAUAAUGCAAUUACAGAUGUAAUUUGAUUUUAUUAUAUUAUGAAUGGCACAGAAUCUAUUUUAACUGGCCAGACUGAAGCACAAAAUUGUGUACUUCGAUUUGUCCAGACAUGUUGUUUUUCUUAUGUCAAAUACCAAUUGUUUAAGACAAUUCAUAUAUACUGUAUGUAAUAAUGAUCUUGACAAUAGUUUUAAUUAAAAAAUGGAAAUAAACAUGUAUCUCAAAAACUAA